AUGGCUGCGCCGUUGCAGAAACGAGUGCACUCCGGCACCAGCUCCGGCGGCUCAUAUGAGGUUACUUCCGCCCCAGAGUUCCCGGUGGGUCUCCGAGUUCUCGUCGUCGACGAUGAUACCACCACCUUGAAGAUUAUUGAGAAAAUGUCUAUUAGUUGCAAUUAUCGCGUUACCGCAUGCUCUGAUGCCACUGUUGCUUUGAAUCUUCUGCGAGAGAGGAAAGAUGAUUUUGAUGUGGUACUGAGUGAUGUUCACAUGCCAGACAUGGAUGGAUAUAAACUUCUUGAACAUGUUGGGUUGGAGAUGGAUCUUCCUGUUAUUAUGAUGUCUGUUGAUGGUAGAACAUGUGCUGUCAUGAAGGGAAUUAGACAUGGGGCUUGUGAUUAUUUAAUUAAGCCAGUACGUCUGGAAGAACUGAGGAAUAUAUGGCAGCAUGUCGUUAGGAAAAUAUACAAUGAAAAUAAAGAACAUGCAAAUUCUGGUGAUGCUAAACAUACUUCUUCAAUUGAAUUGGAGAUUGAUGACCCAUCAUCUAAGAAGCCCCGUGUAGUGUGGUCAGUAGAUCUGCAUGAAAAGUUUGUCAGUGCUGUGAUUCAACUUGGGCUUGACAGGGCUGUGCCAAAGAGAAUUCUAGAGUUGAUGAAUGACCCUGACUUAACAAGGGAAAAUGUUGCAAGCCAUUUGCAGAAAUUUAGAAUUUAUUUGAGGCGAUUAAGUGAAGUGGCACAGCAACAGAUUGGAAUGCUAAAUACAGUUCCUGGGACUAUAGAAUCCAAGUUGAGUGCAUCUGGAAGAUUUGACAUACAAGCUUUGGCUGCUUUUGGCCAUGUUCCUCCUGAAACACUUACAGCCAUUCAAGCUGAGUUUUUAGGUCACCCCAUAACUAACAUAAUACCUACGGUGGGCCAGAUUACCCUUCUCGAAGCAUCAAGACAGGGUCCAAUACAUUCUAAUGUUCAUCAUGGUUUGGCACAUGGUCAGCCUCUUGAAAAAUGCCCUUCCAACAUUGCCAAGAAUUUCCCUCAGCCCAUCGUUACUUUUGAUGGCACAUCUUCAAGAUAUGUUGCAUUUAAAUCAUCCAAUACAAUUAAUUAUGUGGGACCAAAUAGUAGCGUUGGAAGGUUGGGCGUUCAGAAUAAUGACAUGCUGGUGAAUAUAUUGCGGCACCAACAAUAGCAGCAGCACCCGCAACAGCCCUCACCUCUGAUACAGGAUCAAGUCAAUCAAUCAAUGUUCAACCAUCUCGUGUGGUAGUUCACUCUCAAGCUUCUGAAACUUGAAGGUGGUGAAUAAUCUUGCUACUGUCAACCAGGGUUGCAGUUUUGGCAGGAAUGCCAUAAUUGGUUAUGGUUCAUUGUCAAAAUCAAAUAAAUCAUUGAGUACAUCUCAAUUUACUAGUGGUGAUGCCAUAAUUGGUUAUGGUUCUUGUUCAAUAGGCUCCACCCAUAGCAAUAUUCCGCAGCUUCAAAACUCAACUUUCAUAUUUGGUGCUGCGAAACCAAUCCCUGAACUUCUGCCUGUUACUGAUAGACAAGUUCCCUAUGGUGUUAAAUCUGGUGCUUCACUUGAUCAAGCAUGUCCUAGCAGUCUUGGAUUUGUUGGCAGAGGUACCUGCAUUCCAAGUAGGUUUAUGGAAAAUGAAAUUGAAUCUUCUGCAGGUGAUUUUAGUCAAAUGAAAGUAUCCGUAGAUAGCAAUGGUAACACCAUGAAGGAGGAGCCAAAUUUUAUAUGAUCAUUAAAGUGUUCACUGAAUAGGUAAUUUGAGAUUUGUUUGAACUUUAUAAUAUUAUGAAUAUUAGUUGCAGUACUAUUUGACAAGUUUUAUAUUACUGGAGCUUAUUGUAAGUUGAAUGAUUAUGCUAUCUUUGCCUUGUAAGUUUCUUCAAUGGAAAUAAAA